AUGUCCUUCAGCAUCGUGGAAUUCAGUGAAGAGUCAACAGAGGGAAAGAAGUUGGUGGAUAUUAUCCCAUCAUGUUGGUUUACAGACGAAUACAAGGUUCAGUGCUUCUGGCCAGCAGGCCUUGGUAUAAAUGUCACUAAGGCAGUAAAGCAACAACUACAGCCAGAUGCUUCAUGGAAGAUAUGCUGUGUGCGUGUUCUUGGAAAUGCAGACUACUAUGUAGAAGCACGACGAAAGCUUGUGAAGGCAGAAGCAACAUCAGAUCUGCAAACGGAUAAUGACAUCCCAGAAAAGCGUCGUAAAAGAUCCUCCAAAAAAUGGGGCACAUUUUCAUCAAGUGAAGACAGUGUGGACUCCUUGGAGAAUGAAGUUCCACCUUCUCCUCCCUUGGAACUUAGCACAAUUGGAUCUGCCUCAAAAGUGUAUAGUCUCGGUGGGCACAGGAGGAGAAGCCCCAGCAGAGCUCCAACUCCAAGUCUGAGAAGCCCCAGUGCAAGUCUUUCUGCAAGUCCUGGGACUUCAUUGAGCAGGAGCAGCUCCAGCUUGGGAGAGGCUAUGUUUACACGACUGGUUAUGCUCCUUGAGGAGGUCAAAGAAACUCAAAGUACAUGGACAGUUGCUGAAUACCUUACUGAGACAGAAAAAUGCUUCACCACUGGCUGAACCGCCUGAGGGAGCCGUUUUGCCAAUGUGUACAAUCAAUGAUGUUCUGGGCAUGAAUGAAAAGCUGAGUGACUCAGACUUCAUGUCUGG